AUGCCGCCUGACGAGAACGGAGUCGACCGAGUUGUGCGAGCAGGCCACGAAGGACGACGAGAAACAAAGAAACGUUUCGAAUGGACAGCCGAAAGUGGCCAGAAAGGACACACCGGUGGUAGGAAACGAACCGCUCAGAAACGGCUAUUCACCGAACAGCAGUUUGACGGCGAAACCGAUUGGGUUAGCGAUUUUUUUAUACCUUUUUCGGAUAAAUUUCCAUCGAAAAUCGCACGAGCAGUUGUGAUUGUCGAGUGGCUCAUUUGCAUGUGA